UGAAUAUUUAAAAUAUUUGUAGCACAAACGAAUAUUUCUACCUAAAUUGAUGAAUGAUGAAGCUGAAUGCAAGAAACUGUGGAGAGUGAGAUGUACAAUUAUGCAGUAUUUAUAAAUACUCCUUUUUGAGUGAUCCUUUGCUGUGCUCUCCUUAAUGCUUCAAUCCAUUCUUCACCCCAACACCCCCAACAAUAUUUCCCAGACCAGAGCAUUUCAGCAUUUCUUAAUUUCAUGACUAGAUGUGUCAUGAUCGAGGGUACAUAGUAACUCAGAAAGAGUUGGAAGAAACUUUUGAGGAAUUCAAAGAGAAAUUUGGUGAUAAACCAAGUGAGAAGCAACCUGCUAGAAGUGACCUCAAUGUACUUGUUGCUCAUAAAGAUGAUGCUACUGAUCUGUUCGUUUUUUUCCUCGAUGAAGACAAAGCUGGCACAAAAGAUAUUAGGACAAUUUUCCGUCAGAUGCAAGAAAAAAAUGUGUUUAAAGCAAUCAUAGUGUUAAAAAAUACCAUAACACCACAAGCUAAAUGUAUUGUGGCAGAGAUGGCACCAAAAUACACUGUUGAAUAUUUUCAUGACUUAGAACUGCUCAUAAAUGUAACUGACCACGAGCUGGUUCCUGAGCAUGUUCUAAUGAAACCUGAAGAACAAACCGAGCUAUUGAAUAGAUAUAAAAUGAAAGAAAAUGAAUUAAUGAGAAUUCUAGCAAAUGAUCCUGUUGCUAGAUAUUAUGGUUUAAAAAAGGGUCAAGUAAGUAACGCUUCUUCUGAUGUACUUUUAUUAUUUUACUUUUCAGUUGCCUAUUUUUCUUCUUAUUCUCAGGUGGUCAAGAUUAUCAGAAAAAGUGAGACAGCUGGCCGUUACAUAACCUAUCGCCAUGUUGUUUAAAAAUGUUUUUGAAAUAAAAUUUAACAUUACUACUAAAAAGUUGAAAGUUUGCCUUUACUCUUUCAGGAAUGAAAAAGUGUAAUCAUCAAAUAUAAACAUUAAAUUUUUAUAAUUUUUCUGGUAUUAAAAUUGUUUUAAAUAUUGAAAAACAGUUUUAGAGAUUAUUCUAGCCACUUCUAUGUGAACAUAAUUAGAACAUGUAAGGUUUUUCACUAAAAUUGUAGAUCUGUGCCAAAUUUUGGACUGGAAUUAUUUGUGAAAAGAAUUAUUUUUAUAAAAUACAUAAUCAGAAUUUCAAAAAAAAGUUAUUGGGAAAGCAGUUUAAAUACAGUUAUGAUUAUUGCCACAUAUAUUAAGCAAACAUUUUUUUUUUUUUUUUUACUUAUUACAUUUUAACAUUUGUAUAUAUAUAAAAUCAAUUUUCAUGGUGAAAAAAGAAUAAGAAGCAGGUCAGCAAUCAAAUUUUCAUCAUAGAAUAAAUAAAUUUUAAAAUAUAA